AGUGGAGAGGUUUUUGGUGCGAUUAGUGAGAGUGAUUCCGAGUGGGUUGAUAACUUCUUGGUUCCCCAGUUGGAGAAUACAAAUGAGCCCUUCAAGCUUUGCCUCCACAAGAGGGACUUCCUGCCAGGGAAAUGGAUCAUGGACAACAUAAUUGAGUCCAUCGAGGAAAGCCGAAAGACCCUCUUUGUCAUUAGCAAGCAUUUUGUGAGCAGCGAGUGGUGCAAGUAUGAGCUGGAGUUCUCCCAGCACCGCUUCUUUGACGAGAACAAUGACUUUGUGAUUCUGGUGCUCCUGGAACCUAUCCCCAGAGAGUGCAUCCCUCGCAGGUUCUGCAAGCUGCACAAACUCAUGAGCAAGAAUACCUACCUGGAGUGGCCUGAGGAAGAUGACCAGCAGGGCAUCUUCUGGGAGAAACUGAGAACUGCUUUGACAAGUCAAUGAAGGGACAUCGUGCAUCUAACAGCACUGCAUGUGUGGCUUUUCAAAGUGUUUCCUUGUUUGGAAAGAAGACAAUUCCAUGUUAAUGUAUUAGUUGAUACGUUUUUGAUUAUUGUCAUCUUGUGCAGUUUGGACAAGAGGAUCACAAAGCGAAUCCGAGUUGCUCAGACAAUGCAAAAUCAUUUCUGUUAUAAUAAGAGACACCUAACAUCAAAAUGUAUAAAGAAAAAAUGAAGACUGUACUCAUGAACUGCUAUUAAACAUUAUUAUUGACUUUAGGACUAAGCUAUAUCUUGAUGGGAUGACAUCAAUAUAUAGGAUAAGAUUUACUGGAAUUCUAAUAAAUUCUAACUGAUUUGUUGAUUUCUCAUACCAAUAUUGAAAUGCCUAUGACGUCUGCUUUAUGGGACACCCUCUAUAUUUCCAUUGUCUUUUCUUUACUAUGACUUUCUGUUUUGUUCAUUACUGUAUAUACUGUCAUUUUUAUGUAACAACAUGUAAUUGCUUAUUCCAAUGUUGUAUUUCAAGACAUUUAUUAAUGUUUAUACCAUCUUUUUAUAUUUUUAUACUUCUUUGUUGGACUUUUACAGUCAAAUUUGCCAUUAAAACACAAACUUUGCUCAUAAGAAACCACGCCUUUUAACAUAAUAUAAUGAACACAACACUUACAAUGAAUAGAGUG